AUGAAGACGCGAGUCGCACGCAUUCGACCAGGGCAGCUCCUGUUUGGGGCAUCUCAGGCAGCAAGGAGCCCUGUGUCGCGCGCGUUUGCGCCAUUCGCCAGGAGCUUGUUCUCCUCCACUCAGCCCUCUGCCCGGACCCGAGCACGACGAGAGACGUUGCAGCACAGUGCGUUGCUGUACUUUCGAUUCCAGCGAUCCGCCCUCGCACGCCGCUUCCGCUCCCUCCGCUUCAACAGCAACAGCAACAGCCACAGCCACGGCAACAGCAAAAGCAACAGCCACAGCAACAGCAAAAGCAACAGCCACAGCAACAGCAAAAGCAACAGCCACAGCAACAGCAACAGCAACAGCCACAGCAACAGCAACAGCAACAAGCCGAAUGCAUCACAUCAUGAUCCAACGCCACACUUGGGCAGCCCCGAGCCGGCGCAGUCGCUGUCGCAGAAACUCAAGGCUCUCUCGAAAGAGUAUGGCUGGGCGGCUCUGGGUGUAUAUCUGGCACUAUCCGCCCUCGACUUCCCCGUCUGCUUCCUUGCCGUGCGACUCCUCGGCACAGACAGGAUAGGCCAUUAUGAGGAGGUCGUCAAAGAUGCCUUCUGGAAUCUCGUACGAGUCGUCUUCCCGACUGCAGGAACCACUUCGGCAGAGAAGCAUGCAUCCGAGGACACGGCUGAGGCGACCUUGAGGGAGGGCAGUCUGGAUGCUGGCGAAGUAGCGGCCGUCAAAGCGCGAAACGGCGGUGACGCGUCCAUCUGGACCCAGCUUGGUUUGGCUUACCUCGUCCACAAGUCUUUGAUCUUCUUUCGCGUUCCACUUACCGCUGCCGUCCUGCCCAAGGUCGUAAAGACGCUUAGGAAGUGGGGCUACAACAUUGGGAAGAAGAAGCCAAAGACGGACUAA